UAUUCAAAAUAAAAAAUUAAGCCCUAAUCGAAUUUACCUCACCAGACCAUUGCUGUUCGUCUUCUACUUCCUCCGAUUUCGUCGUCCUCACCAGAACUCCGUCGUCUCCAACUGCCUUCGAUUACCGUCUCCGACCGCCGCAUCAGUACUGUAAGAGGAAAUCUUAAGUUCACUUCUUAUAUGGCUGAAAAGCUAACCAAGCGUGGACGUCUCCUUCCACCAUUUGCCGGAAUUCCGAAUCGCCGACCAAUUCCGAUUUGUAUCAGCCGAUUCGGUGAACUAUGAUUCCGAGACUUCCAUGGAGAACAAACGUCGCCGCCGGUUGUUCGAACAUUUCUAUUAAACCCUAAUCCGGCUUGAAAAAAAUCUCCUCGCAAAAUGAGGCCACCAAAUCGAACCCUAAUUUCCCUCUCCAAACGGAGGCCUAACGCCCCUCCGAAAGACGACGACGAAAGCUUCUUAGCAAUGCUAAACGACGUUGUCCGGGGGAAUAAGAGCUGGGCUGCGGCUCUCCGGGAACCGUCGAUUUCCUCCCGCCUCAACCACCAUCACAUCGAGCGAUUCAUCCUCCGAAAUCUCCACGACUCCAGGUUAGUCCUCCGCUUCUUCAACUUUCUAGGUUUGCGCACCGGAUUUCGACACUCCACGGCGUCCUUCUGCUUGAUGGUUCACUCCUUAGUCCAAUCGAAGUUUUAUUGGCCGGCUUCUUCGCUCUUGCAGACGCUCUUGGAAAGGAAGGAGAAUCCGAGUUCAAUUUUCCGGGAUUUCAUCGGUUCUUAUAGAAGGUUUGGUUUCAAUUCAGCUUAUGGAUUCGAUUUGCUGGUUCAAACCUAUGUUCAAAACGGUAGGGUUCUGGAUUCCGUUGUGAUUCUUAAGGCAAUGAAGGAGUGUGAUUUUUUUCCUGAAGUGCGAACGAUUAGUGCUGUUUUGCAUUCCCUUAUUAGAAUCAGGAGAUUCGAAAUGGUCCUUGUCUUGUUCGAUGAUCUGUUUUCGAAUUCGAAGCUUAAACCCGAUGUCUUUGUUUACACUGCUGUUGUUAAGAGCUUAUGCGAGUCGAAGGAUUACGACCGAGCCAAGAAAAUGGUCGAAUCUGUCGAGAAGAAUGGGGAAUGUAAAUUGAAUUUGGUUACAUAUAAUGUGUUGAUUCAUGGGCUAUGUAAAGGUGGGAGAGUCGACGAGGCUGUCGAAAUUAACAAAUCGUUGGCGGCUAAGGGUUUGGCACCGGACGUGGUGACAUAUUGCACGUUGAUUCUUGGAUUGUGUAAAGUCGAGAACUUUGAGGUUGCGCGCGAUUUUGUCAUUGAGAUGGUCGAGCGUAGAAUUAUUCCUAGUGUAGAGGCGCUAUCGGGUGUCGUAGACGGGUUGCGGAGGAAAGGGGAAGUCGGAAGUGCGUACGAUUUAGUAGAUAAAGUCGGGAGGCUUGGGGAGAUACCUAAUCUGUACGUGUGUAAUGCGAUGAUCGGCGCGUUGUGCAAGGACGAGGCGUUCGAAGAAGCAGAAUUGCUUUUCUCGAAGAUGGAGGAGAAAGGGAUGUUGAUAAACGACAUGACGUAUAAUAUGAUAAUCAAUUCGUUGUGCAAGAGAGGGAAGGUGGACGACGGCGUCGUUUAUCUCGGGAGAAUGCUCGAUGCGGGAAUUAAGCCGACCGUUUAUCCGUACAACAUUUUGAUUAGCGGGCGAUGCAAGCUCGGGGAAAUGGACGCAGCCGAGGCUUUGUUCGACGAGAUGAGAAGGAACGGAUUGAGCACGACCUUUGUGACGUACACGUGUUUGAUCGAUGGGUAUAGCAAGAUAAAGAAAGUGGAUAAGGCGCUCGAGUUAUAUCGUUCGAUGAAAAGUGACGGGAUUUCUCCGAAUGCUCAUACCUUCACGGCGCUUAUCGACGGACUUUUUAGCGUGAAUCGGGCGGUCGAAGCAUGCGAAUUAUUCGACGAAAUGAUCGGACGGAACGUUGCUCCGAGCGAGGUAACGUACAACGUUGUGAUAGACGGAUAUUGUCGAGUCGGUAACGUUACGAAGGCGUUCGAUUUGUUCGACGAGAUGGUUAAGAAGGGGCUUGUUCCCGAUACGUACACCUAUCGAGCUUUAAUUACCGGACUUUGUUCGACGGGAAGGGUAUCCGAAGCGAAGUCGUUUGUUGACAAUGUUUAUAAACAAAACCGUAAAUUGAACGAGAUGUGUUAUUCGGCGCUCUUAAAUGGGUAUUGCAAGGAAGGGAGAUUGAGCAACGCAUUAAUCGCUCAUCGAGAGAUGCAAGAACGAGGAAUUGAAACAGAUCUCGUAUGCUACGCGAUAAUUAUCGGAGGAAUUCUUGAGCAAAAUGACGCAAAAUUAUCGAUCGAGUAUUUGAAAGAGAUUCACGACCGCGGUCUACAUCCCGACACAAUCUUGUACACCGAUAUCAUCGAUAAGUAUGCGAAAUCCGGCGAUCUUAACACGGCUAUUGCACAUUGGGAUCUUAUGGUCGACGAAGGUUUAUCUCCGAACGUAACGACGUACACCGUAAUGAUCGAUUGCCUAUGCAAGGCCGGGUUAUUCGAAAAGGCAGAGAUUUUAUCGAAACAAAUGCUGAUCGACGGUGUGAUCCCGAAUUCAACAACGUACGGAUGCUUUCUCGAUUGUCUCGUCAAAGACGGCCGUAUCGACGAGGCUAUUCGAUUACAUGACGCAAUGCUCAACGCGGCUCUCGCGAAUACAGUGACGUACAACAUUUUGAUAAACGGGUUUUGCAAGUCGGGCCGGGUCGAGGAAGCAUUGCGGGCCCUCGACGAGAUGCGGCGCGGUGGAGUAACGCCGGAUUGUGUGAGUUAUUCGACGAUUAUGUUCGAAUAUUGCAGGAGAGGUGAUUUGCCGGCAGCUUUAAGGUUGUGGAAGACGAUGGUAAGACGGGACGUUAGGCCUGACGGGAUAGCUUAUAAUUUUAUGGUGUACGUUUGUUGUGUUUCUGGGGAAGUUGGAAAGGCUCAUGAAUUGGUCGACGGUAUGGUGAAAACUGGGCUGAAAUUAACACGUGCCACACGUGCUUGUCUUCUGUGCCAUGGACCUUCGGCGUUACCGUUACAGCCGUGUUGAUGUAGAAGAGGGGAAUAGGAAUUGGAUUUGAGAGUAACUUUGUAUUUUUUCAGGGGUAAAAUUGUAAUUUUGUAAAGUUGGUAAUAUAAUAAUUUUUUGCAUUAACCGGUUACAAAGAAUUUUCAGGGGUAAAAUUGUAAUUUUGUAGGGUUGGUAAUA